AUGGCGACGACGACGAUUCAGACGACGACGAAUACGCCGCCUUCCACGCCCGCAUCACACUCCGAGCUUUUCUUCUCUGCCGAACAACAACAACGCGGGGUUGAAGAGGAAGAAGAGGAACGACGACUCGAGGACGACGACGACGACGACGAAAGCUUUAACUUUUUAGGUGUUGACCCCCCCAGCCUCUCUUCGUUUUUGUCUUUGAAGAAUAACGAUGGUGGUGACGGUGAUGGUGUCAACAACAAGCGCGCGAUGACGUUGCAGCUCAAACGCGCGUCGUUAUUCCACGCGCUCGCGAAAGAGGCGGACGAAAAAGCGAAAAGGGACGCGGACGAAGCGCUGCGUAAAAAACGCGAGACGCAAGCCAACAUACGCAAAACGCUCGAUUCGCAACAGGAGCAAAAACGACUCGCGAAGGAGAAGGAAAAAAUGGUCGAGAGGAUGUUGGACACGCAACAGAGACGCACGGCGGAAAAGUUGGACGAGGAACGGAAGAGGAAAGAAACGGAGAAGAGACAGUUGGAUCAGGAGAGAGCGAGAGAGGCGGAGUUUGAGAUGCGCAAAGCGAGAGAGGAGAAAGCGUUGCGUAAAAAACAAGACGUGGAACGCGCCGCGGAGUUUGUGAGGAAAGCGGAGGAGGCGCAGGAGAUGUUGGACACGAAGCGCGCGGAGGAAAAGAGGAAGCGAUUGCUAUUGGUGGAAGCGAAAAUGGCGCAAGGCGACGGCGAAGGCAUCGAAAAGAGACGAGUGGAGUUUCUCGAGAUGGAAGAGAAAAGGUUUCGUUUGGAGGCGAGGAAGAAGAUCGAAGCGCUCGAGGAGCGAGAGAGGAGAGAGAAAGAAACGAGACGACUGAACGAUUUGAAGUGGCGAGAGAGUUUGGAAGUGCAAGUGGCGGAAAAAGAACAGAGAGAGUUGGAUAUGGCGAUCGGGAACAUGUCGUUGCGAGAGAUGCAAUUCAACGGCAUCUCGGCGUGA